UUGAACAAAGAGCGUGAGAAAAAGGCAGCGGGGUGCUCGUUCCACCGCCCUUCCCGUCACCUUUGCACGUUCGCAGCCCGGACAUUUGAGUUUCCGGGGAAUUGGCGAAAGCAGUUAUCCUAACAAUCGGGCGGAACUCAAGAAACCUGCCCUUGUCAUCCAGUUGGGCAAUGGCCGCAACUGUCCAUACCCGCUUAACCGAUCACGAUCACGACUUGUAUUCUCGAACUAACCGCAGCACUGGACCUUCAAUGUACGAUGCUGAAGCGUAUGCCUUGCAAGAAGACACAACACCCAUCAUGACGGAGGACGAAAUGAUGCAAGUGGAAAGAGAACUGCUAACUGCAUGGCAAAGUAGGACUCCUGCAAAGCCUUCGGAUGCACAGCUGGCGUCUCCUGCUGUUACGAACGGGGGCGAAGCGUCCCCUCGUAUCGCGGACACGGCAAGGUCACUCGAGAUCGAACGAAAGAAAAGCCUGUACGCAAGCGAAUUUGCCGAGUCGGUCCAAAACAUGAAGAACCUUGCCGAAAAGCAGCGAAGAUUAGAAGAAUUACAAUUGUCCCUAGACGACUCGUAUGAAAUUCGGAAAGAUAUGCAGGUGGAAGACGAAGUUGAACGUGUCUGGAUGUCUCCCACCUUCGGAUCUGGAGGACAAAAUGACAAUCUGCCAAAAGAUGAAAAUGAGAAUGGGAGUGCGGCAGCCAAUCAUGGCGAGACAGCCUCAUCCUCUCGGAGUGUACCAGCGUAUGUGGCCACGUCACAAGAAAUGGAUGGAGCAGAGACCUCGAGUCUACUUAUCGAUACAAAGGGCCAUUUACAGCAGCUGGAGAAAGAACUGGAAUUGCUGAGAGUUACUACUCUUUCUCGGCCAGCGACUUCCGAGUCUAGUUCCCCAGCUCUGUCUGUAGCUGCAGAAAUGUCAGAGACAAGAGAAUCCCCUGUUGCGGUGGACGAGGAUGGAAAUGAAUGCAUGGAGACGCAGGACGCCUGGGGCAAGGCGGAUGGCAAUGCAAAGCAAGAUGUUGAUGCAAAGUCUGCGCAACGGGUUUCGUUAACCGUUCGCACCUCUCGGUCCAGCUCAUCUCUACAGUGGCACUCUUCCAAGCACUCAUACAUUUACGAACCAGUCAAGAACACAAAAGCAGAUGUCGCGGAUCUACUGGUACAGAUACAAGAAGAGUAUGAAGAACUUACAUCCGAACCUUUUCCUUCACCAAAAGCCGAUGUAUCGCUCGCAACAUCUUUUGACAAUUGGAAUAAGGAUGCCAAGCCUGCCGAUAGUGUGCCAGUGACGGUGAAAAAAUUUCACUUACCCAUGGGUCGGCCCAAGUAUAUGCAGUCCCUACUGAUGCAAGUUGACGAUCCCAAAGUCAAGGAACGACUUCGCGAGAUGCAUAAAAUACGGCAGUCGAACGCAGCCGCAGGAUUGGCUGUUUUGGUGCCGUAUUCUGUUGGACCAAGGCAGACGGGUGAAUUUGGUAGUUUAGGGGAAGUCGUCGAGGUGAAUGAGGAUGGGGAUGAUACUGCAUCUCAGCUGACAGAGGACGACCCAAGUUCCCCUGUUGUUGAGCAAAAGUCUUCCUUGCAGCCACCACCACGGCGAAUUAUUCCACCAACAGCAACCGAUGGUCACUUGGGAACAUCGACCUCAUCUAGAGGCACGGAAGAAAUUGCUGGACGUGCUAGCGUAGCCCCAGCACUGCCCUCCUAUCUAACAUCAUCACCGGCAAGUCAGGGCAGCCCUAUUCCUGUCCCGCCGGUGAGACGAUCCAGCAUUUGUUACUCAUCCCUUUCGAUCCCUUCCGCACCGCAAUGGGCGCCGAUUCAACUCGCACCGACCGCAAACAAUGACUCAAAACGCCUCACACCCCUCACCCUCCACAUUCCCCCACCGCCACGCACCUUCCCACCCCAGUAUCUCCAUCCCCGCCUUUCCCGUAUGGGUGUUAUGGACUUGUCACCGAGGCCCGCAGGACGGCCAUCGACACUUGGUAGAACGUGGGGAGAUCCGACCAACGUGACGUCGUUUGUUACACCAGUACAUUCCGCUCCGGAAAGAUUGAAGACUGCUCCAAGUUCCAUUACAGGACCUCAGUUGGUCAGCACAUCUGCGAGAAUCAAGACCGUACCCAUCAACAAUGUUCUCAGGGAGCUGCAAUUGAAGGGGAAAACCCAGUAUGCAGAAUCUUACAUAAAUGACAACGUCUCGCUCGGCAGUAACACUUACGGAACGGCGCAAAGGGCGCAAACAGUGACUGGGGUAUUCCGAGGACAAGGCUCACGAAAACGAUCGGACGUUUUUUCGGUGUUUGAGGAGCAGGAUCCUCUUGAGAGGAAUUACACAUCACCGGCCCCCAUACCUGGUGUGUCCAUGAACACCCGCACUGCAACCGUCUAUCCGAGUCCUCCGGGCACUCCCUCUUUCCAACGAGAACGUAGCGCAUCGUCGCCUCAGCUACCCAAUGCUUCCGGGUCACAUUUCACCAAAUAUGUCCGUAAAGUCGGUAAAGCCCUCAAAACGGCCAUCGAUCCUUACACCCCUCCUCCUCAAACCACACCUCCAGUAUCUGGUUAUGCAACAGCCGACCGCACGCUCCGCCACUCCAAAUCCAUGAGCUCGUUGCUACCAGAUCAAAGUGCAGUGACCUUCUCCCAAGCUGCUGCAAAUACGGGUGAUAUUUCUCCGACGACAUUGCAAAAUAAGCGAUCCGCUGAGAUGGAAAAGUUUAGACAAAUGUUGAUUGAAACCUAUUCAGGUCCGAGUGGACCAGCGGCAUGAAGGUCUAUGCCAAUGCAAGGUAGUGUACAUAGAGAUAGAUUAGUUCUAGAUAUGGGAUUCGUUGGCUUUUGUUUUUCUUUCACGCGCAAUCUGUGAAGGGGAAGGGAAGGUUCCAUGCAUUGGACUUUUUGUUUUUUUUUUGUGUAUUUUGUGGAUAAUUUUUGUAUGCUCCGUUUGAAUUUCUAUUUCCUUGACUUUCG